UUCAGCGACUUAUCGGAAAAGUAAAAUGUCAUUGUAGACGUCAUCAGUUUUACUCUUCUUCCAGUUCAUCAGAGAGGCUUCCAUGGCAGCAUAACAGUUACUGGCUUCAGCCGCCUGAAUUGCAGACUUUUUGCUCGUUAGUCUGACAAAAUUUGUUUAAUUUGGAAAAAAUGCUAUGGACUAAAAUGGACAACAGCUACAGACUUUUAUGGUUUUCCGGCGUUUUACUAGGCCAAAUAUUGCUUGCCGUUCUAUCAAUACAAGAAGCAGCCAGUCCAGUAUUUCAAAACCACAAAACAAAAGAAUGGACGAAUUUAGAUAAUAUAACAUUCUCAUUUGAUUGCACACGUCGAUCUGUGGGUUUCUAUGCGGAUAUGGAAUACAAUUGUCAGAUAUUCCAUAUGUGUGAUGAAGAAGGCAAUCGUAUACCGCAUCUUUGCGCUAAUGAAACCUCUUUCAAUCAAGAGUACAGAAUCUGUGAUUGGGAUUAUAACUUUAAUUGCACUGAAUCGCCUAAAUGGUUUUAUCUGAAUGAAUUGACUUAUGCCACUGAACCGCCAGAUGAAGAUGAUGAGUAUUAAAAGCUUUAUCAAAUCCAAACUUGCGAAUAAAUUAAUUUAAUUUAAUUUUAUAUUAAAUUAUUAAUUAUAAACAUAAAGAAUAAAA